AUGAACACCAAAAGAAGUGACUCUAGAGAUCGCGAGGAAACCUCCCCGAAACCCUCUCAGGCACCGCUUCCAUCUGAAAACUUCUCAUCCUAUGAUAGAAUGGUUGUGGAGUCGCACGAAGUGCCACUUCGUUGGAACUUCCUUGCUUCGCUCUCCAACUGGCUCCUUCUUGCCGGAUUCGUUGUGUUUCCUGGAACCUUUACGUCUAUCAGUCGCAGUGGAGUACUUGAUCGCAACCAAGCUGGGCGCAUCCUACAACGUGCUGUCCGCAACAGCCCUGGACUACUUAAUGCAUUGAUGGCUUUGGUAGCUAGCCUCACUAAUGUCUACACCGCACAAGAUGGCAAUUGGUCGGUAACAGCUAUAGUGACGCUCAGCGAUUUGUGUAAGCGGCUCGCCUAUGGCAAUGCUCUCCCCUUUGGAGUGAGAGUUCUUCUGAGCCACAGUCUUCUGAAGCGCCUCAACAUCCUGAUCAGGACAAUGUUUCUCAUCUUCAUUACCAUGGAUAACGACGAUGGAACUCUUCUGAGCGAGGGCGGCGGCAAAUAUCGCAGUCUAUCAGACUUGGCCAAAAUCGCGCGCUGGAUCGCCACUUGGCCAACUGAAGAUUGUCCGGUCUGGCAACCGUCACUAGUGGUCCUACUCCACGAUAAGCAUCUUCAGCAGCCAAAUGCCGCCGUGGUUGCAGAACAAGUUUUGGCCUCAACCAUACAAACGUUAACCUCGCGUGCGUUGAGCUGUUACUUCUUCGAUUCCAAGUUCAUUAACAUAUCUGACGGAGGUCCUCCUGCUAUGAUCCAAGGGCACUUGCGCCAGUAUGUAUCAGUUGUCCGUCAAAGACGUCGAGAUUCAGGAUUGCUGUUAUCCGCUGAGCAUCUGAAUACUCUUUUCGAAAGGGCUUUCGAGUCAGCCGCCACCUUACACCAGCAACCUUUCAACCCAAUUCGAAGUGCACGGCGCGAUCUUCCGGUUUCAACAGAUUUGACAGGCCAUCUUGUCAACUUUAUGAAUCACCUGCCUUCAGCAGGGGAUCUUCUUUCCUUUGCAUCUCCCAUUAUCGCUUCAAGUUUGUUAUGCGACCACUACCUGCCUGACAUGCAUUUGUUUAAUCCUCAAGAUGUAUUCAAAUAUCUGUACCAGGAUGCCUGUGUGGAAGCUUGCAAACAGACGGCUACGAUGAAUCGCAGUGACGGUCUGCUUCUUCCGAGCAGCCUUGCAAGUUCCAUUAUGGAGACCUUUACUAGCUUGUUUGAUCGCCUCAGGCAAGGCGAGACAGCAGUAUCCGUGCAUAGAUCGGCACUUAUCACUCGCUUAGACCGCUGGGAAAACAUCAAGAGCAACAAAACCUGCUUCUCAUGUCUGACACAAGUUCCACAACAUAAGAUUUCAUGUGGUCAUUGGAUUUGUGAGAAUUGUCUGCAAGCAUUUGGCGAAUCGGGGAAGGCCGACCCAUAUCUGUUCUCGCUCACGCACUGCCUGCUGGACGGGAAGGUUACUAACUUGUUGGUGCGUAUUCGUCCACCGACAGCUGGCCACUCAAUAUUAUGUAUUGACGGGGGUGGUAUUCGUGGAAUAAUUCCCCCAGCUAUCCUGAAUCAGGUUCAAAAACGACUUGGCCUUCCAAUUCCGAUUCAAGAGUUCUUCACUUUAGCAUACGGUGUCAGUGCUGGCGCCUUGAUUGUUCUUGCUUUAUUUGUCAACGGCUGGUCAGUGGAACAGUGUACUGUUGAGUUUGAGGAAUUAGCAAAAUUUGCGUUCAGGCCUCCGUCGACUUGGUCUUUACCAGGCGUGAAUUGGAUUCGGGCUAUUCUAUCAGACGCACUAUAUGCCGAGGACGACAUCGAGGCAGCGUUGAAAAGGGCAUUUGGUGAGGCAGAACUGACCGAAGCCUCUUAUGCCCAAAAAAUAGGAGCUAAGAUUGGCAUCCCAGCCGCCACUAUCUGCCAGCCCUCCCUCUGUUUAUUCACGAACUACAAUGGUACUGGGCGGGAAAGAACCGGCUAUAGGGUUCUUACGGGGGCGGAAUCUGUCAAGACAUGGGAAGUGAGAGGACGCAGUACCUCAGCUGCCCCGCUAUACUUCCCAGCGAAAUAUCUACCUGGUAUAGGAACACUUCAGGAUGCUGGAGUUGUAGCAAACAACCCUAUCAUAAUCGCUUUAGCCGAGUUUGCAGCGAUGAAUGGGAAUCCGCAGCCGGACCUUGUAUUGAACGUCGGCACCGGGACGUCACCAGAUAUCCCGCUUGUAGACCGGGAGCCACGGUUUAUCAGAGACAAUUGUCUCGUUCGACUGAAACGAGGAUACAUGUCACUAAUGCAAGGAAAGAAAAUUUGGAACGAUGUUACAAGUAUUGGCAACAGACCAGGAAGGAAUGGUAGCCGAUACAGACUGGACCUCACGAUUACUCAACCACCCUCUCUUGACGACACUGCAUCAAUGCCCAUGCUGACUUCGAUGGUGUACCACGAUGCUAUGUUACUUAAAUCUGUGCCAGACAUCGCCUACCACUUGUUCGCCACUCUCUUUUACUUCGAGUUGGACACCUUGCCCCAAAGAGCUGGAUCCAAGUUUCGCAUUAGUGGUCACAUACUCUGCACGCGAAAGGGGCGGGACCCAGCGAUACCUAAAAUUGCCGAGAAAUUACGCAGGUCGACAAUAUAUAUCAAUGGAAGGUCUACCCGGCCUGGAGUAGAGACAGACGAGCAUGGUAACAUUCGCCAAGCUAUCGAAUGCACGACAGGUCAGCCUCUCUUGAUUGAACUCAAGGAAGAGGGAAGCACGCGUGCCUUCCCGCUCAGUGGGUCACCUUACAAUGUUCCAAAGCUUAUUGCCAGAGGACCAGCAACGGCUGUUUUCGGGACACGAAUACACAAGAAGAGAACGCGGGAGGUGGCUUGUAGUCGACCAUCAAAGCGUAGACGACGUUGUGUGGCUUGCUUAUCGUUUUAA